AUGCCCAGCAAAGAAGACAAAGAAGACCUCGCUGCGAUCAACUCCGCCAUAGAUCGCAUGCGCGCUGUCCACCCAGCUGAACCCUACUUCCUCACGAUCCCUCAGGAUGUCGAGCCGCGUUACCACCACUCCUACGCCUUUCAGCAGCGACAAUGGCUGGACCACACCCCCUUCGAGCAGACCGAAAACGAGCACAUGCAGUACCUGACCUGGCAGUUCCACGAUCCCGGCAGGUCGAUGUUUAUGCAGCGUACGAGCCGUGCGCCGGAUCCUCAAGAGAAGCCGGCGGCCAAGGACAGGCCGGGCAUGGGAGCUACGACGCCGAGCGGGGCGCCGAAGAAGAAGAUCUCGCUGGAUGCGUAUAAGAAGAAGCAGGCUGGUGCGACGCCGAAUGGCACUCCCGCGAAGGCGUCGGAACAGCUGGUGAGGAAGCCGGCGUCUAAAGCUCCGAUUAAGGGACCUGUGGAGAGAAUCAAGGCGGAUGAGGAUAUGUUGGCUGAAAUGCAGCAGGACGCAGAGAAGGAAGCAGCAAAGACGGAGGUCAAGACCGAUUUGAAGCGCAAGCGGGACAGGAGUGAUAGUCUGGCCGCGGAGGAUACAGCGCAGAAGAAGCAGAAGUCGGACGAGCUGUCGAAGAAGGAGAGCGCGCCCGCUGCAAAACAGCACACAGCCGAGAAACACGAACCUCCACCGGCACAUGCUUUGGAUGGCGCGGCACCUCAGAAAGCUGAAGGAAAGAAGGCUGCGCCGACCGAACCUCCGAAGCCAACGACACCACCCGCGACGAAGCAGAAAGCAGAGACACCACUGCCUCCGAAGCUGUCUCCUCCACGAGUCGAAGUUGAGCCAGCAAAACUACCACCAAAGCUGUCGCCAAUAUCAACCUCCGCUAUGCCUCCACGAGUUUCUCCCACAUUACCAGACAACAUAGCUGAGACUCUCAGAGCCAAAGAGCAGUUUCGAUCCGCCUCGCGCUCGUCGGACGUCUCUACCACAGGCCGAAACCUCACACCGCCAAGGCAAGAAGUCAAGAAGGGUCUCCUCAAAAAGAGUCCGAAGAAUGGUUUCAGAGCCAAUUCCAGCUCUCCCGCUGUUCGUUCCGAUGUCGAGGAUAGAGGGCGUACUGCCGCCUCGGUUCCACCGAAAGUCAAGAAGCCAGAGUCUAGUGGCGAAUCAUCUGAGGAUAUAGCUGUUGCGAAGAACAAGACCUCUGCGCUUGAGAAGUCGCGCUCGCUGAUCGUGAAAUUGAGGUUCAAGAAAAGCAUCAGAGACAAUGUGAGACGGAUUCUGAAGAUGCGGCCGAACCCGGAGAAGCGCCCAAUUGCUCGGGAACCUGCAGAAGCAGCCAGCCGCCCGAAAGACACGGAUGCAAGGGCCCGAGAUGAGAAACCUCAACAGCAGCCAAGCACUAAGGGAGUGGCUCAGAAGAUUGUCAAGAAGCCAAACGGCGAGGUGAAGAAGGAGGUGAAUGCCAAGCCCAUCGUCAUGGAGCACAAGCGUCCACGCCCUGAUGACAGCGAGUCCGAUGAAAGGGCAGCCAAACGGGAAAAAGGUCCUGUCGAGUCGCCAGCGCCCAAGAAGGACCGUCAGCCAAGCACGCCAGACAAGCAUGAGGUCUCAUCACCAGCAGCGGCUCAGAAGGCCACUGCCACGCCGGGUAACAUGCGCAAGGAGCUUUUGUCGACUUCGAUGAAGCGAGAGAUGAGCUCUGAGAGCAACAUCCAUACUCCGUCUGGCAUGUCGCAAUCGUCGCCGCCGGAUACCACUCUUUCAUCCUCCCAGAGUGUCAACGGCGCGAACAGACCUCCCACAUCGAGCCAGCCAAGCAAAAGGACCCCGAAGCAGGCAGCAUGGGAAGCCGAACAGAACCGCUUGAUUGAUCUCGGCCGCGAACUCAAGCACGCCGCAUCCGGCCAUGCUCAAUCUAGCUCAGGUCCAAAGUCAAAGUCCGGCAGUCCAACGGCCGAGCAGAAACUCGCGGCCGUCAAAGCAGUCGAGUCCUUCCUCGCCUUCCUCCUCGCCUUCACCUGCGCCGACGAAGCCGCCCUCUCCUCCGACCCGAAAAUGCCUCCGAAAAUCAACAACUGGCUCAGCAUGGUGUCCUUCUACACUUUCGUCAAGAAACAUUGUGACCCCGAGCUCUUCCCUGCCCUCCGCGGCGUCGUGUGUCUUUUGGGCGUCGCUUUCAACGCCCGCGUCAUGGAGUUGGCUACGCAGCAGCAGAACGAUAAGAUUGCUCUGCUCGACACGAACGGGAUGAUCCUGCGUGCGUGGAACGAGGCGGAGAGUAAGCUCAAUAUCGACGCUUUGCAGGCUACCUUCCCGAAGACAUGGGCGGGUCGGACGAAAGGCGCUCCUGCUGAGAACGAAAAGCUUGAUCCUACGCGCGGGUUUGCCGGAGCUUACAGUCUGCCCAUUGGACUUGGGACGUCGCCGGUGAGGGCCGCGAGGGCCGGGCAUGCGAUGUUGAAGGAAUGGAUUGGACAGCAGACGGGGUUGGGUUAUGAGUUGAAGCUAAAGUUGUGA